AUGAUUCCGCCUCCUAUUCAACGUGGUAUGAUAGUACUCAACCGAGAACUAUUUCGACACGAAGUUAGCGUUGUUGGAAUACGCGUUCCUACAAGCUCAACAGCAAAGUUCUUGAAAGUUUUAAAUAAAGAAUUAUUCAAUCAACCAAAGCUAAGAAAUGUUGUGGAUGAUCCUGGAUCCAAUUUGUCAAAAAUUAUUUUAAUGAACCUAAACGUCCAAAGCUUAGAUCUUGAUAAUGUACCAAAUGAAAUGAAAGAUUUUAUCAAUAAAGAAGGACUCGGUGUCGUAAGGCAUUUAGUCGAAUUAAAAUAUGACUAUUGGGGAGUUGAUGAUAUACUCAAAGCUAUAUUACCUGAGAACUCUGAAUCUCCAUCAUCUUUUACACAAGUUGGACAUAUUGCUCAUAUGAAUUUACGAGAAGAAUUCCUUCCUUGGAAAUUUCUUAUAGGCCAAGUCAUUCUUGAUAAAAAUCCAAAAAUCAUGACAGUUGUGAACAAAACCGAUAUGAUUGAUUCAACAUAUCGAUUUUUUCAAAUGGAACUUUUGGCCGGAAAAAAUAAUAUGAUCGCUGAAGUGAAAGAAAGUAAUUGUAGAUUUCGAUUUGAUUUCUCACAAGUAUAUUGGAAUUCACGAUUACAUACUGAACACGAUCGGUUAGUAAAGAUGUUUCAAAAAGGAGAUUAUAUAUGCGAUGUUUUUGCUGGUGUGGGACCUUUUGCAAUCCCAGCUGCAAAAAAAGGAUGCAUUGUUUACGCGAACGAUUUGAAUCCCGUGUCAUAUAAAUAUCUUCAGGAGAAUAUUUCAUUAAAUAAAGUAAACAGUAAAAUUUAUCCAUAUAACCUUGAUGGUUAUGAUUUUAUAAAAAAAGCCGUACAAGAUUUGGAAAAAAGUCUAACCGUUGUAGUAGAUAAAACCACAUCAUCUAAAUCAGUAGCAAAUCAAUCCCCUGAAUUUCGAACAUUUAAUCAUUUUAUCAUGAAUUUACCUGCAACAGCUAUAGAGUUUCUAGAUGCUUUCAAAGGACUUUAUAAAGAUAAAGAAUCUUUUAUAAAAAAUCCUCGCGUAGAUUUACCAAUGAUUCAUUGUCAUUGUUUCUCAAAAAGUGAAUUUCCCGAAACAGAAAUAAUUAAGCGUAUUAAUUCAACAAUAACAUAUCCAAUGCAAGCAGAUAAAUUUAAGGUUCAUUUUGUUAGAAAGGUUGCACCAAAUAAAGAUAUGUUUUGUGUUAGCUUCAGGUUAAGUCAAGAAGUCGCAUUUGCUAUCGAGAGCACCAAAAAUAAAAGUGAUUUGGAUGAAGUUGAUACUUUAUCACAUCAAGCAAAUUUUGAGAAAUCUAACGAGCAGAAGUUGGUAUCCAAAAGAAGAAAAGUAGAAUGA